AAAUUCUCAAAACAAGCUGUAGACGUACUGACACUACUGUAAGAUCAAAUGGAGCAGUGCACUCCAUGAUCCAGCGGGGCUGGCUCAAAGUCAAACGCACCUGUACUUUCAUUAGUGCUUCAUCCCAAAUUAGCUAGCAAUGGAAGAAGACGAGGAUGAAGAAGCAACUGGCCUUGUCAGUCUGUUGCGUGGAGACAUCUCUUUUCAGCAAUGGUCUGUUGAUCAUCAGCUCAGUGAAAUUGUGCAAGGAGCCGAUGCUGAAGAGGAGCUGGCGAGCGAGUAUGACAGUGACGAUGAGAAAAGUGAUAUAGGUGGCAAUGAAGUAGCUGUCGCACUAAGCCUUCUAGACCAAGGCCGAAAAGACAACUUGGUGAACCGUGGCGAUGAUAGUGAUGGUGAUGAAGAGUCGCAGUCAGCGAUAUCGAAAGCCAUCGGUGCAGGCAUCAGUGAUCUCAAGCGGAAACGGAAACAUGCCGAUGAAGACGACGAGGAUGAUCCUGAUGCAGCUGAGUUCUAUGCGGCAAUGGAGCUUGACAAAAAGCGUCGGCGGAAGAGACUAUUUGGCCAGAAUAAGUUAGUGCGACGGCGCACUGUACUACCUGAGCAGCUCAAGGAUAUGUUUGGCGAAGCUAACAUGGCUCUUGCACGCUGCAACUAUGAUGAAGUUGUGAACAAGUGUAUGACUAUUAUACAACAAGCUCCCUUUGUUUCGGAACCUUACCAAACCCUUGCAUUGGCGUUAGAGGAGAAAGGAGACAAGGAGCGUGCUUUUCAGUUCUCCUUCAUCGCUGCCAACCUAAAACCCAAUGAUCCGGAGCAGUGGGUCACAUUGGCUGAACAGUCUCUGGAGCGCAACGACGAGAAAAUGGCACUGGAGUGCUACUCCAAAGGUCACAGGUAUGCGCCUGGUGACUUGAACAUCCUGUUUAACCGUGCUCGCCUCAAUCAGAAGCUAGGCAAUCUGAAGAAAGCAAUGGAUGAUUACGAGGUCAUCCUGAAGGAGCUUGAUCCGGAAGAAUCCGAGCAGCAAUUGGCGCUGUCUUUGGAGGUAGCAAAGCUGUGCCACGAGCAGAAAGACAUUGACCGCGGUAUUGCUGCGCUGCAAAAUGCUUUCCAGUUGGCCCCCGCCAUGAUUGAUGCCAACGCUGUCAAUCUGCUGGCGGAGCUGUACAUGGCCAAAGAUGACUUCUCAUCUUCAUUACAAAUUAUCUGCAACAGCUGUGGCAUAACUGAUCCACUGGCAAGCGGCGAGGAGGAAAAAGUUGAGACAUCGGCACAUGACACAACAGCAGGUUCACGUGCUCCACAGCAAGUUUGGCAGCUGCCACCAAGUUUGCCGAUUGAUUUGCGAGCGAAGAUCAUCGUCUCACUCAUCCACCUUGCCAGGACUCGGGAGGCAGUGGCUGUUGCUUCUCCUGUCCUGGAAGAGAAUGCCGAACACUUUGGCGACGUAUUCCUUGACGUUGCCGAGGCGUUUGUAGCAUGUGGUCACCAUGCUGAAGCACUGCCAUAUUUGGCGGCGCUAGUGUCAACUCAGCGCUACAAUAUGGCGGCGGUAUGGCUGCAGUACGGCCAGAGCUUGUUGGGACUCAAGCAACUGGAGAAUGCUGCAUCGGCGUACAGUGUUGUUGUCAGCAUGGCACCCACCCACCUGGAUGCACGGCUAACAUUGGCUGAUCUGCUGCAACAGCUUGGGCACCACGAUGACGCCAUUGCCAUACUGGAAGCUGAUGUAACUGCUGCCCAGGAUGAAACUAGCCAGCAGGAAGAAUCAGCUUCCGGCGCUGGUGUGAGUGGUGCAGAUGCCGUUGCUGGUACUGCUUCAUCCAGUACAGGUUCCACUGGUGCUAGUGCCAGCACUAGUGCAGGUACUGGCACUACUCCAGCCGUCACUGCUGCCCAGCUGGCUGUGCAGCAAGCUGUCCAGGCAGUCAUGACCCAGGAUGUGCGUGUGAUUCAUCGGCGUUGUGAGCUACUGCAUGCUCAGAAGAAGUUCAACGACUAUGCGGAGAAUGCCCUGACACUCAUGAAGUUCUACCUGCGUGCCGUCUACCACAAGAGAGACAUACACGUGUUCGGUGGAAUAGCGAAAUGUCGCAAAAGGGCCGUACUCGUUCGGAGCGGCAUGAUGGAGAAUGUCGACUCUCAGGACCCGAUUGCUGCCAAGGAGCAAGAGCAAGAGAACCAGCUGUCGUCGGAGGAAUGGUAUCAGCUGCUUUAUCAGCUGUGCUGUGUUCUUGCCAAGCUGAACCGCUUUGCCACCUUCCAGCAUCUAUCCUGUGCUGCUGCAGCUUCUAUCAAGUUGCUAGAGCGUGCUCCGGACAAGAACCGACGAAAUUACGAUUUGUCAAUGCUGUGCGCUUCAGCAGCUUACCUGAAUGGUAACUUUGUUCUAGCAUGGGAGCAUAUACGUGCCAUGGCUUAUAAGGCUGUUUCCAAAACCAACUACUGGAAUAUUUAUGCCAGGAUCUCGUACAAUCUGCCCGACAUCCGGCAUCAAAAGUUUGAGUUGCGAGUCCUGCUGAAGAAUCCAGACAAUUUGCCUCUCUUGAUCAUCAAUGCACACCAUUGCAUGCAGAAUGGUACCUUCAAGUUCGCUGUCGUGUUGUACCAGCGCGCCUUGGAAAGACUGCCCCAGUCCGCCUUUCUGCACCUGUGCCUUGGCCUCUGCUUCUUGCAACUGUCAACCGUGCGCUUCACGCAGCGUCCGUACGGGCACGCACUGGAGGCGUUUGCUUUUCUCUACCGCUACAAACUGCUGCGUGGCGAGUGCCAGGAGUCGAUGUACAACCUCGGUCGUGCUUUCCAUCAUGUUGGUCUGCUUGGCUUGGCUGCUAAUUACUACGAGAAAGUGCUGCAGCUACCAGCCGGGCAACACCGCUGGCCUCGGCAUGGCUCUUCCGCCCAUGAAGCCUCUAUACUCUCUGCUAAGGGCAUACCCAUGUGUAUUGAUCAGUUUCAUCCACUUGAUCUUCGCGCCGAGGCUUCGUUCAACCUCUCCAGAAUCUACUUGUCAACGGGACUAACAGGCGUUGCCCAGCAGCUACUCCGUCGAUACUGUGCUUUCUGAAUGAUGGCGAGAGCACGUCACAUCGACACCUGUGCUGAGGUGCUGACCUGCGUUGUCACAAGCUGCUGUUCUACCCCCAAGAUUCUGCAUGCUGCCACUGUAUUGCCUAGCAAGGAACUCUGGCCGCGCGGAGCAAACUGGCCAGUCAACCUCAGUGUAUUCAUUGCAGUCGAUGUUGAUUUCUUCUAUGGCCAGGCUCUGCAUGUCCAGAUGCACCGAACAUGUACUCAGACCCGAGUUCUGGCAAGAUCGUGUCGACGGCUUGCCCCACUGCACUGCAAUUGCUCGGCUGUUCAUAUAUUUGCUGUGUACAUAGCUUGCUGUUUUGUACAAUACGCUUUCCCUUUUCCGUUGAGUCAAGUCAGUUGACAUCAAUAUAAAUAUGUACAGUCGUGGGAGGUGAUGGAAUUUCUGAAAGUUCUUCCCCUCUGUUGUCUUCUUUCAUUCCUGCACAAGCCAUUGUAUAGUAACAGUUGCCUAACCUUUUCUUUCUGAACUUCGUGGAUGGCUGUGUCCACUCGCUGAACUCCUCUGCAGUGUCAUAAUUUAAGUUGUAUGAACCCUCUUGCGCCAAGAGUAACGUUGUAUUAUGUCGUCAA